GGUGUCCGCCGCGUUGCUGCCCGAGCUCCGAACCGAGCCCAGCCCAGCGCGCAGCACCCACCGCCCGGAGCCCGCCGGGCUCGGAACGCGGCCGCGCGCACCCCUGUCCCGGUCCCCCAGGCUCCGCUCUCCCGCCGCAGCUCCCUACCGAGUUGCCCCAGAGACCCAGACGCCGCCGCCCCGAGGGACCCAUGAGAGCCCCGCUGCCGCCGCCCGCGCCGCUGCUGCUGUGGCUCUGGAUCCUCGGUUCAGGCCAUUAUGCUGCUGGACUGGGUCUCCACGACCCCUCCUCUGGGAAAGGAGAACCAUUUUCUGGGGACCACAGUGCUGAUGGAUUUGAGGUCACCUCAAGGAGUCAGGUGUUCUCAGAAAGUGAGAUCCCGCCUGUGAGUGAGAUGCCUUCUAGUGGUGAAGUGUCCUCAGGAACCGACUACGACGACUCAGCAGAGUAUGAUGACCAACCACAAAUAUCUGGGUAUAUCAUAGACGAUUCCGUCAGAGUGGAACAGGUAGUGAAACCCAAGAAAAACAAGACAGAAAGUGAAAAGACGUCAGAUAAGCCCAAAAGAAAGAAAAAGGGAGGCAAAAAUGGAAAAUCUAGAAGAAACAAAAAGAAGAAGAAUCCAUGUGAUGCGCAAUUCCAAAACUUCUGCAUUCACGGAGAAUGCAAAUACAUAGAGAACUUGAAAGUAGUCACAUGCAAAUGUCAUCAGGAAUACUUUGGUGAACGAUGUGGGGAAAAGUCCAUGAAAACGCACAGCAUGAUUGACAGUGAUUUAUCCAAAAUGGCAUUAGCAGCCGUAGCAGCCUUUGUCUCUGCUGUGAGCCUCACAGCUAUUGCUGUUGUUAUUACAGUCCAGCUUCGCAAACGAUACCUCAGGGAAUAUGAAGGAGAAGCUGAAGAACGAAAGAAACUUAGACAAGAAAAUGGAAAUGUGCCUGCUGUAGCUUAACGGAAGAUAAUAUUAAGGAGAGCCCAUCGGAGUCAUUGCCAAGUCCCAGCCAUGAAGGGGUGGCUCUUCUUUCAGCCAAUGACAAGAAAAUGGAGCCUUCUUGUUCGAUGGUUUUAAACCUUCGAUUGUCACUUUUUAUGCUACGUCUUAUUUCUAUACAUAAACAUGCAUGAAGAUAAAGUAUUUUUUCAAGUUGUAAAUAAUUUAUUUAAUAUUUAAUGGAAGUGUAUUUAUUUUACAGCUCAUUAAACUUUUUUA